GCAACGCCCAUGGAGGUCGACCUCGACCGUGCGCGCGCUCUGCGCGUCCUCGGCCGAGGCGCCAUGGGCACCGUCUUCCUCGUCGCUGCCGACCCGUCGGGUCCCGGCUGCGGCGGCCGCUACGCUCUCAAGGUGUUUGACAAGCGCUCCAGUGCGUCCAAGCGCGACGCUGACCGACGCGCGCGGUGGGAGGUGACCCUGCUCUCCCGCCUCGCGCACCCGCACCUCCCGUCCCUCCUCGGCACCGCCGAGACGCCCGACCUCCUCGCCUGGGCCGUCCCUUACUGCCCUGGCGGCGACCUCAACGAGCUCCGCUACUCGCUCCCCGACCGCGUCUUCUCCCCGGCCGCCAUACGCUUCUACAUCGCCGAGACCAUCUCGGCACUCGCCGACCUCCACGCCUCCGGCGUCGUCUACCGCGACCUCAAGCCCGAGAACGUGCUCCUCCGCGCUGACGGCCACGUGACACUCACCGACUUCGACCUCUCGCGCCUCCUCCCGGUCCCCACCUCCUCCGCGUCGACGUCGCCUCCUCCUCAGGCGCCACCCGUGUUCCACCGCAGGACGCGCACCUUCGCAGCUGGCCACCACGCCAAGCGCGAGCCCACCGUGUCCUCCGCGGCCUCAGCGCCGAAGCAGCAGCUCCAGAACCUGGUCCGGUUCCUGAUGCGAAGCAACGGGGCCGCCCUCGAGCUGGCCAAGAAGACCAAGUCGGCGCGCGUGUCCCCCGUCAGCCGGAAGUUCGCCGCCUCCUCGGGCGCGGCGUGGGGCAAGUCGUACUCGUUCGUGGGCACGGAGGAGUACGUGGCGCCGGAGGUGGUGAGCGGCUACGGCCACGGGUUCGACGUCGACUGGUGGGCCGUGGGCGUGCUCGUCUACGAGAUGGCCUUCGGCCGCACGCCCUUCAAGGGCAAGAACCGCAAGGAGACGUUCCGGAACGUGCUACACAUGGAAAUCGACUUCCCAGGGGACACCCAGCGCCGGAUGCCGGAGCUCACGGACCUCAUCUCGCGGCUGCUCGAGAGGGACCCGGCGAGGCGGCUGGGGUACGCCGGCGGCGCCGACGAGAUCCGGGCGCACCCGUUCUUCGCCGGGAUGGCGUGGGACAUGCUCGCCGAGGUGACACGGCCGCCCUACAUCCCGCCACCGGCGGAGGACGAUGCCGCGGCUGCCGGCGAGGGUUUCGACGUGAGGGAUUACUUCAAGAAGCUCCACCAGCCACCGCCCCCGGGGUCGGACACGUCGUCGUCGGACUUCUCGUCGGAGUUCUGACUCGGUGACUUGUAUAGCUUACGUGGCCGGCC